GCCCAUAGCCUUGCGUGAUUUGGCAUCGCAAAGUGCACAUCUAAAUACUUCUUAAGUGUUAUGCGGGUUUCUGUCUCUAUGACCCUUACUGGCAGUGAGUUCCAGACUUUAGUCUGAGUUAAAAAUAAAAGAGCAAUUUAAAACAAAAAAAAAGGUACAUAUUGCAGCAAUUUGCCCCAACAAUUUGAAGCAGUCACUUAUUGAUGUUUGUUUCCAAAGCAGUUAUUUACUUAAUAAAUCAGCACUUCCCUUUCUCACUGUGCACAUGCCACCACCACUUUUCAUAAUCACGGGGGACACGGCAGUCCCUCAUUGGAUAGAGCGGGGUCACUGGCACUUGCGAAACGGACCGUGUGUCCCGAGGAAGGCACCGCUCCUUCUCCGGUUCCCUGACAGCCAUCUGCAAACCGGAGCAAGGACAGUGCAGUUUUGAGGGUGAACAUCAUCCAGGCAGGAGUUCGGUUGGUGGCGAGCAACUGAGAGGAAUUUUCAACAAACAAAAAAAGAAACCGAAACUCAUUCAUUCAUCUGUGAAGCAGCAUCUCAGAACUUUCACAAGUGAGGGCUUUGUAAGAGACUGACGUCUAAUUAAUUUUUUUAAAAAAGGUUUGAUGUAACAUGUUAUUUUCUGGUACUUUAUAAUCGCUGCAGAAGAAACGCUUGUGGGGAGGGGCGAUUUUGUUUUUAACAGUAGGUUGUGGAUCUAACAUCCGAAUUAGUCAGUCUUGGAAGUGAAUGAUAACUGUCGCUGGAAACACUAUUGUUUGCAGAGAUCUAACUACAAACAGAAGCUGUGAAGAUUGAUUGAUUGAAGAGUCAGAUGUUAAUAAGUGUAUCAGCCAUGAUCCUGAUUAAAGCAGUAAUCGUUCUAUUACAUGCCUGCACUUUGACCCUGGGUCAACCACUGAAGCAAGCAAGAUCUCCGAUUACAUCCAACAAGCCAUUUAUAACUGUGUGGAAUGCUCCAACUGAGGCCUGCCAAUCCUUGUUUGGUAUUGAUCUCAAUCUGGGAAUAUUUGACAUAAUUGCAAAUCAAAAUGACUCCUUAAUUGGACAAAAUGUCACCAUCUUUUAUGACAAUAAGCUGGGCUUUUACCCCUAUUACACAGCAAGUGGUGUUUCUGUAAAUGGGGGCAUCCCGCAGAAUGCCAGUUUGAAAGACCAUCUUGCAAAGGCCCAAGUUGAUGUGGAAAAGCUAAUACCUUUGAAAGACUUUAGCGGAUUGUCUGUCAUUGACUGGGAGGCUUGGAGGCCUUCCUGGAUAAGGGACUGGGCUCAGAAAGACAUUUAUCGUAAAAAAUCUGAAGAGCUAGUGCGAAUAAAACAUCCUGAUUGGCCUGAGAGUCAGGUGCUUGAGCAAGCACAAACUGAGUAUGAACAAGCUGCCCGUGAUUUUAUGGCAUUGACAUUGAAUAUGGCAAAAGGCCUUAGGCCUGGGGGCUUGUGGGGCUACUAUGGCUUUCCCUGUUGCUAUAACAGUGUCAUUUCCAAAAAUUACACUGGAGAAUGUCCAGAUAUCGAGCUGGAGAGGAAUGACCAUCUGAUGUGGCUCUGGAGGGAAAGCAUGGCCUUGUAUCCAAGCAUCUACCUGGAUCGUAAACUUCAGUCAACAGAGAAUGCACACAAGUUUGUUCAUUAUCGAAUCAAAGAGGGACUCCGACUUGCUCAGCUGGGAGCAAAUCACAGCUUGCCUAUCUUUCCCUAUGCUCGGAUUGUGUACGCCAACACUACAGACUUCCUGACUGAGAUUGACUUGGUCCACACAAUUGGAGAGAGUGCAGCAAUGGGAGCUGCAGGGAUCGUCCUUUGGGGGAACUCAGAUUAUGCCAAAUCUCAGGAAUCCUGCCUUGCUCUGAAAGCAUAUAUCAAUGAAACAUUGGGUAACUAUAUUGUUAAUGUAACAAAUGCUGCAAUUAUCUGCAGCCGAUUGUUGUGUACAGACCAUGGCAGAUGUGUGCGAAUGAACAAAGAUACCCACUCUUAUCUGCACUUAAACACCGACAUCUUUAGAACAGGAGUGAAUCCUUCAGGUGAAGGCCUAGCAUUCUUCCUACAAGGACAGACAGCUGAGAAGGACAUGAAAGAAAUGGCUGCCACAUUUCAUUGCCACUGCUACAAUGGAUGGACAGGGGAACACUGUGAGAAUUCAAAUGGAUAGACCAGUGAUACUGUGUAACCUUUAAUGAGUGCUUAAAGUGAACAAAUGCCAACCUGCAGUUAUGGCUUACUUUCAUUUUACUUGGUGGGUUUACCGUCGACGAAGUAAAUAUCGAAAAUCCUAUAAAUACUCAGCAAGUCUGGCAAAAAAAAAAAUCCAAAGAACUGCGGACACUGAAAAUCAGAAACAAAAUCAGAAAUUGCUGGAAACACUCAGCAGAACUAGCAGCAUCUAUGGAGAGAAAAAAGGGCUCAUAUUCCAGUGACCUUUCUUCAAAACGAUCUGGCAGCGCAGGUGAGAAAAAACAGCAUUCUGUCGUAGAGUCCUGCAGCAUGGAGACAGGUCCUUUGGCCCAAACUGAUCCAUGCCAACCAAAACGUCCAUCCACGCUAACCCCAUUUCCUUACACUUGG